ACGACCCCGUUCAGUUAUCUUGACAGUACCAACAAGUAGAGCAAGAGCACCGAAGAGUUGGCAUUAGCGAUCUCCGUGCAUACAUAGCGACACUAGAAAGUAGAAACUAACCUCAGCGCGAGCCACCUUACCCAGUGAACCCCACCGCACCGAAACAAAUCUCUCUGACCGAAAACCCUAACCCUAACCCUAACGCCCCUCCCUCAUGGACGCUGACGACGAGACCUCGGGCCCGAUGAUCGACGAAAUCUACGCCAACGGCGGCGGAGGUGACGACGGCGAGAAGCGGAGCCGCCGCGCGAUCAUGAGCGGCGACCAGCUCGACAUCGAGGCGUACGCGGCGCUGUACUCGGGGCGCACGAAGAUCAUGCGGCUUCUGUUCAUCGCCGACAAGAUGAGCAACGCCCCGACGCAGCUCGAGGCACUGCGCAUGGCCUACGACGAGAUUAAGAAGGGCGAGAACACGCAGCUGUUCAGGGAGGUUGUGCAGAAGAUCGACGGAAGGUUGGGACCGAACUACGGCAUGGACGCGGCGUGGUGCGACGCCGUGGAUCGGAGGGCCGAGCAGAAGAAGGAGAAGCUCGAGAACGAACUCAAUGCGUACAGGACAAACUUGAUUAAAGAAAGCAUUAGAAUGGGAUACAAUGAUUUUGGAGACUUUUACUAUGCUCAUGGUCAAUUGGGGGAAGCUUUUAAAAAUUAUGUUCGUACCCGGGAUUAUUGCACUACAUCAAAGCACAUUAUUCAUAUGUGUAUGAGUGCAAUUCUGGUCAGCAUUGAGAUGGGUCAAUUUCCUCAUGUUACAAGCUAUGUUAGCAAGGCUGAACAGGCACCAGAAGCCCUUGACGCAAUAACAGUUGCAAAGCUACGAUGUGCCGCAGGAUUGGCAAAUCUAGAGGCCAAAAAAUACAAGCUUGCUGCCCGAAAGUUUCUAGAAACAGGACCAGAGCUGGGACUUCACUAUAAUGAAGUAAUUGCACAGCAAGAUGUUGCAACAUAUGGAGGGCUUUGUGCACUUGCAACAUUUGACCGGGCAGAGUUAAAGAGCAAAGUUAUAGACAAUUCCAACUUCCGCAAUUUCUUAGAGUUAGUGCCUGAAGUAAGGGAACUGAUAAAUGAUUUUUACUCAAGUCACUAUGCUUCAUGUCUGGAAUACCUUGGGAACCUCAAAGCAAACCUAUUGCUUGAUAUACAUUUGCAUGACCAUGUUGAGACGCUUUAUGAUCAAAUUCGUCACAAAGCCCUUAUCCAGUACACACACCCAUUUGUAUCUGUUGAUUUGAACAUGAUGGCUAAUGCAUUCAAGACAACUGUUGCUGGACUCGAGAAAGAACUGGAAGCAUUGAUUACUGAUAAUCAGAUACAGGCUCGAAUUGAUUCACACAACAAAAUUUUGUAUGCACGGCAUGCAGAUCAAAGGAAUGCCACCUUUCAAAGGGUUUUGGAAACUGGAAGGGAAUUUGAUCGUGAUGUUCGUUCCAUGUUACUGAGAUCAAAUCUUAUCAAGCAUGAUUUCAAUCUCAGAGCAUUAAGGAAACUUUGAUAAUGGACUGAUGAUGAUGGGGCCAAGGCUGCUAUUUUAUAUCACAGGCAUUGAUCGAAUAUGAAGAGGCAAGAUUCUUGAGUGAAGUUAAAGAUUGCCUUCCCUCAUGGUGGAUUGAAUCAAGGUUGCAAACGUACAUUUGUGCAAACAUUUAACGACAUAUUAUGGUUGCUUUUGUA